GGGCGGCGCGGGGCCGGUGCGCGGGCUGGCGGGCGAGCUCGGGCAGCCAGCCCCGGGCCCGCCGCUGCCAUGGACGGUCUGCGCCAACGCUUCGAGCGGUUUCUGGAACAGGGGAACUUUGCCACCGAAGCGCUCGGAGCGCUCGAAGCCAGGACCGGAGUCGACAAGCGCUUUCUGGCCGCGGGAGCUGUUACUCUGCUAAGCCUGUAUCUUCUCUUCGGCUACGGGGCGUCUCUGCUGUGCAACCUUAUCGGAUUUGUAUACCCCGCAUAUGCUUCGAUCAAGGCCAUCGAAAGCCCCAGCAAAGACGACGACACUGCGUGGCUCACCUACUGGGUGGUGUACGCCCUGUUCGGUCUGCUCGAGUUCUUCAGCGAUCUACUCCUGUCCUGGUUCCCUUUCUACUACGUGGGCAAGUGCGGCUUCCUGUUGUUCUGCAUGAGCCCGGGGCCCUGGAACGGCGCCCUGCUGCUCUACCACCGGCUCGUGCGCCCGCUCUUCCUAAAGCACCACGCGGCCCUGGACAGCGCCGUGAGCAGCCUCAGCGGAAGAGCCUUGGACGCCGCGGCCGGCCUGGCCCGGGACGCUCUGCAGGCCCUGGCUCGGGGCCGGGCUCGCGUCACCGCUGCAGGGGCCGGACCCCCUGCCGCCCUGGAAGCCGAGCCCCAGCCGGGCCUGAGCCCGCCGCACCAGGACAAGUGAAGAAGCAGGCCAGCGCCCGCGGGGACCUCCCGGCCAGCCACCAGGGCAGCGCUUUGGGGCCCCCACUGUCCACCGAGGCCAACAAACGGAGCAGCUCGU